UUUAGCUAGCAAUACCUUGUCUUGUACCUCCUGCUCACCUCCCUCACGUCACCUAGCCGGCGAUCGGUGUUGUGCAGUGUGUGUGGUGUUGUGUGUGUGUGCGCGAGUCAGCCUGGCAGCUACCCUGGCGCCCCGACAUGCCUGCAUGGAGCCCGCCUUCCCUUCAUGCAGCGAUUCCAGCUCCGAUUCCCCAGGCGAGGAAACUGUGCCUGCCGAUCCAGAGCAAUGGGAGCGCGCGGACGUGCUGCGGUGCGUGCGCUGGGUGGCGCGCACGUUCAGCGUGCCCGCGCCGCGCCGCCACCUGCUGCCCGACGCCGGCCGCGCGCUGGUGCACCUCACCGAGGCCAACUGGCUACAAGUGUGCGACGGGCACGAGCAGGCGGCGCGCAUCUUCCACGUGUACCUGCAGCACGCGCACGCGGCGGCCAAGGGCCGCAAGCCGCCGCCGCCGCUGAUCGAGCACACGCGGCCCUCCUCCCCUACGGAAACGCAGCCGUUCACGCCUCCAGGCUCCCGCAGCGGCGGCGGGCAGGUGCAGCUGUGGCAGUUCCUGCUGGAGGAGCUGGCGGCCAGGGCGCCCGGCAUCGAGUGGGUGGGUAACCCCGCGGACGGCGAGUUCCGGCUGUCGGACCCGGACGAGGUGGCGCGGCGCUGGGGGCAGCGCAAGCAGAAGCACAACAUGAACUACGACAAGCUGUCGCGGGCGCUGCGCUACUACUACGACAAGAAUAUCAUGAGCAAGGUGCACGGCACGCGAUACGCGUACCGCUUCAGUUGGGCGGGGCUCGCGGCCGCCAGCCAGGCGCAGGCGCCCGACGCGCCGCCCUACUGGCCCUACGUGCCGCGCCCGCAUCCGCCCGCACAUCACCCGCAACCGCACGCUUCCUCCGCACACGCACAACUACCGCACACAUCCUCCGCACACACUCGACAACCGCACACAUCCUCCGCACACGCACAGCAACCGCACACGUCCUCUGCGCAAGUACAACAACCGCACACAUCCUCCACACACCCGCACCCUGACGCCGCUACGCCGCCCGCCCCACAUCACCGCCCGCCCUUACACUGACACCGAACAUUGACUCGUCCAGCCCGCUGCCCGGUAGCGGUGCGGUUCCCACUCGUAGCGUUUAGGAAAAUGGGCUUUGUAAUGAUGUUAUUCACAGUAAAAUAGUUUUUGUAAAAUGAUGUUAUAUGUGAUUUCUUUCAAAUGUGUAUUAGUUUAUAAAAAUGAUGAGAUUGUUAUAUUGUAUUAUUGUGCAAGAAAUAUUACGAGAAAUCAAAAUGAUUUUAUUAGGAAACAAAUUCAAACCAAUAUAGCUAGUGUUAAUUUGACACGUCGUUUAAUUCGUGAAUCACAAGUUUACCCAGUAUUUUUUUAACUGUGCUGGUUAAUUUAACUUUAUAUAUUAUCACAACUACGACAGUUAGGGAACUUGUAUAUAUAACAAAACUUCAAGGCUUCCGCUAGGUAGCCUAUGAAACGCCUUAAUUUUUCUUUGAUUUCACAUCACCCAUCAUGCCUUAUUUGACAAAGAGUAUACAAUCACUACUGUUAUUUGACAAAAUGAUCGUCGUUUCAGGAUCAAACCGAGAGCUCUCUCACUCUAGUUCACUUUGGUAAAAGGCUCACUUACCUAGACGAACAAGUUAGUUUUCAGUAUUUAGUGGUGACCAAUCAGCUUAUUAAAAGAGUUCGCUGCAAACGUAACUUUUUUUGCCUCGUUUUUUCAAACAUAACCGGAAUUGCGGUGACUAAAAGUGGGGUUUUUCAGUGAAUCAUUUAGUACAGUGAGGAGGCCGAAGGAUACAAAAAAAAAUGGGACUACUGGCAUUGAUGAUUUAUUCAAGUACAUUAUAUGUCUUUAAAUAAGGCUAUUGUCUAUGUGUUUCGCAGAUAGAUAGGUAGAUAUAAAAAGGUCUUAUAUUACAAGAAUUUGUUGGCGUAUUCCAUACAACGAAGUUUUUGUAAAGACCAAAAGGGUUUUUAAAAAUCAUAGAAAUAAUAAUGAUUAGACCAUAGACUUACGAAUUUUUCGCUACGCUCAUAAACCUAUGGAUUAGACCUAAGUCAUAGCUAAAUUGAUCAUAGAUGUCUUUGAAGUCCUAUACUAUAGAUAUAAUGUAAUUUUUAACUAAAGAUUGUAAUUUACAAUAAGCAUUUAUUUUUUUAGGCUGUCGUAACUUUUUUAAAUCUUCUAAAUAUCAUAUUGUAACAUAUCUUCUAUUGAAAACUUUCGUUCUAUCGCAUUGUACCUAUAGGUACUUAUUAAGUUGUAAGUAAUAAUUAUAAUGAGUUAGAAUUAGAUAAUGCCCGUGAUUUCGUCCGCGUGGAUAGGUUUUGUGAAAAUCCCGCGGUUAAAAACUCUUUAGUUCUCCGGUAAAAAAAAAUCAGACCAUGUGUAAAUACAUCAGGGUCUAAGCUACGAGUAUUUCCAUUUCUUUCAUUCAAAUCGGUUCUGUCAUUGUGGCGCGAAGGACUAACAAACACACGAACUUUUACAUUUAAGUACAAUAUUUUAUUUAUUAAGUGAUUUUUUUAUUUAAAAAUUUAUAAUUUGUUCUUAAAAUUGGCCUUUUUGCAUAUUGUGCCAAUAUUGUGGAUAAGGAUUAUAAUCAAUUAGAUAUGUAUAGAUUUUAAUGACUUAAUUAAUUAUUAUUUGUAAUUUGUUACUGUUAUGAUUUUGCUUUUGUGUACAGUAUUUUUGAAUUUAUUUUCUGCGUUUGUAAAAGGCAUAAAUAAAUGUUACUUAAUUGUUCCUCGUUGCAAAUCAUUGUUCAUUAUAAUAAAGUUCCUUUUUAAAU